AAAAGCUCUGGUCUUGCAAAUGCAGCCCCGAGUUGCACAGUGUUAUUAUUAUACACAAUUUCCAAUAUUUAAACAUAUGUUGUUAUAGCUCCCCUUAUACCCAGGAAUUCAAUAUUUAAUUUAUUACAUCUGUCAUGUAAUUGGCGAACACAAUAUGAAAUAUCGACCGUUGAAACAUAGUACACUUCAGUAUACUAUGGUUGAAGAGAGCUUGUUAAGGUACUGUGUAUUAAAAAGACAGAGCAAACGCAUUUCUAUUAAAUAUCGAUUAUUGCGCCCUUUGUGAAGUAUUUCUUACAUUUUAACAUACUUCAAACAUAAACGCUACAUACACACAGUAUGUUUACGUUUCAAGGGCGCUUAAUGUUUCAUUCCCACUUUGAUUGCCCGGGACAACUGGCGGGUGGUUAUCCAGUAAUCGGGUUCGCUGUAAAUCCACUCGGCACACGUCACAGUUUCCUUUCUUAUCACUCCAGUAUGACGUCACAGUGGAAAAGAAGGCACUCGCGGCUACGGAGCCUAGAGAGUGAAUAGUCGCAGCCGAGAUAAAGAUUAACGAACGCCCUUGAACUAAACGGUAACACCUGAGAUUAGAAAGUAUUAAAACAGCUGAGAUAUCCAAAGGACAAUCAUUCAGUGCAGUAAGCUUACCGGUACAGUAUGGGGCAUGCAACGUUAAACAGUGUUUAAAUAGGCUGUGUAUGGUUAUUUGUAAGUUGUAGCCAAUAGGAGAGCAACUAUUGUAUAGCACUAUAGAUGGAUACGUGUAAUGAUUUUAAAUAGUAGAAAUUGUUAAAACAGCUGGUUAUUCCAAGUUUCCCUGUACAGCAGCAGUAUGGAAUGCAUUGUUUAGUAGGCCUUGCAAGCUUGCUUGGCUAGGAUAUGAAAGUAAAUGUUGUAAAGGUUAAAACGUGCAGUGUUUGAUCACGAAAUGAUAUAUUGUAAUCCACGUUGACAAUAUGUUUAAGUCGGUUUAACAUAACUACUUAUACUGUCUUGUGCUGAGCUACUGUAGUAUCAUACCAGUACUGUAGUUCCGAUUAAAUCGACUCCGCUAUGUCUGGCGUAGUUAGUGCGGUUAGUUUAAUAAAUAUGACGUAACAGAGUAGUCUAUGCGUAUGUUAAGCAAACAAUUACCAUUGUUUAACAUUUUCAUUCAUGGCAAAGAUUGCUCAGUCGCGCGAAUUCAGUAGUGCGUGAGAUUCCAAGACGGCACAUCGCUGCAGCUAUUAUGACGUACCCUUGGGCAAUAAAAGAAACAAUAGUAGCAUUUAUACGUCAUAAAAGUAUUUGUUCUUUUUCAGAUUCCGCCAUUUAAGUAAAUUUCUGUAAAAAUACAAAGGCUUACGUCAUGGAGGAGUAUUGUUCAAUGGACUAUAAAGAUUAUGACGACACAUUUGAAGCUCUCGAACUCCCAUCAACAUACACUUAUGAAAACGCGCUUCUGGAAUGGAAGAAGAAAUAUGCUGACCUCAUAAUGGAUGAUGACGUCACAGAAGAUGACGAUUUAGAUUUAUCUGCAUUGUCGGCUUCGAUUGAUCGCGACUUUUCCAGCGUUUCGUCUUCGUCGAGAAAACGAACGACCGACAAAGAAAGAGAAACAACAAGACAGCGACGCGAGCUAUAUUCGAGGCUCGACGCGAUGGAUGACGUAGUUGAUAAGUUAGAGAUCGAAGCGAGCGCGAGUUUUGCUCUUCAGGAUCGAAUCCGGAUGACACAAGGUACAUUAAGCAGGCUGGAGAUGCGACAGGAGAAGAUUACGAGGGAGGCAAUCUAUGAGAAUGUGACGUCACAAUGCCAUAUACGUCAGCUCGAAGAUGAGGUCAUACAGCUCCGGAUGCGAGAAGCGCGCCACCAAGCGGAUAUCCAACACCUGAUGGCGGAAAACUCGAGAUUAAAACUACAAAUGAUGAAAAUCCAACCUUGGUCGAACAUAAGCGACCCGAAUCGCGAGAUACGUAUGACGUCACAAACCAAAACGAAUUUUGUGAAAUCGAAGUCGUCAGGACUAAUGGACGUUGACCAAUUAAUAAAACCUAUCUGUGACGGUAUAAUGCAAAGAGGGGCUUUACCGAGAUGCGUCAUUUCCUCACAACAAGCACUUGUGAAAGCUCCAACUGUCCCAACUAAAUGCCCAUUAUGUGGUCAUCAAUCAAAACCGGAGUUAAGGCGUGACGUAACUACCAAGUCGGUCUCAACGUCAACGAUGGACUUACAGAAUAUUGUCGCCCUACAAAGCACUGUUUGUGUUAUGGGAAUAUUUUUACCUAUACCGCUAGUGUUAAGUUGUUUCAUGACGUCGCUAGAUGAAAGUAUAUCGAAUAUUAGCCGUGUUUGUUUUGCUUCAAUGAUGCCUUCUGAUCCGCACUUGGCCGAUAUGCAAGCACAAGUUAUUAAAGCGCUUGGCUCUAUGAGGUGCCGUAUACUUAUGCACAAUUACCCACAACGUUCGAAAUCGCUUAUUUAACAUUCGUUUUAUUUUUUUAAUAAAAAAACAAAACCCGA